UUCACCGGUUCACUUGGCGACUAAACUUCGUGUUUACUCCGACCUCCAGUAACAUUAUCCGUGCUAGCGGAGGGGAGGCUAGCUUUACUGCGCCCAGCUCGCCUACGCUGCUGCUGCUGCUGCUGCCCCGGGUCAGGAGAGAGAGCCUGCAGGAUCAUAACGCUCCCCCCCUCCUCCUCCUCCCCACCCACCUCCUUCCCAGGAAAACUGGGUCGCCCAAACACUGGCCUGUCACCGGUACUGCUGUUUGAUCAUCGGGUGGGUCAGGUUUGCAGCUCUGCAAAAGACGUGCAAUCCUCCCGAUGAGCGUCUAGAUUAAAUUUACAGGACGAGCACAAGUUGAAGUCAUCGCAGAAGGACAAGGUUCGGCAGUUCAUGUCCUUCACACAGGCCGGGGAGAGGACAGCUGUGUACUGCCUGACGCAGAAUGACUGGAAACUAGAAGUCGCCACAGACAACUACUUCCAAAACCCAGACCUCUACUACAAAGAAUCCAUGAAAACCUCAGUGGAUCGCAAGAAGCUGGAGCAGCUCUAUAACAGAUACAAAGAUCCCCAGGAUGAGAAUAAGAUUGGUAUAGAUGGGAUCCAGCAGUUCUGUGAUGACUUGAUGCUGGACCCAGCUAGCAUGAGCAUACUAGUGGUGGCAUGGAAGUUCAGGGCGGCCACACAGUGUGAGUUCAGCAGGAAAGAGUUCCUGGAUGGCAUGGCUGAGCUGGGCUGUGACAGUCCUGAAAAACUCAAGGCGAUCCUCCCCAGACUAGAACAGGAGUUGAAAGACACAGGGAAAUUCAAAGACUUCUACCAGUUUACCUUUAAUUUUGCAAAGAACCCCGGCCAGAAAGGUUUAGACCUAGAGAUGGCUGUGGCUUACUGGAAUCUAGUUCUCACAGGUCGCUUCAAGUUCUUGGAUCUCUGGAACCGGUUCCUGCUGGAGCAUCACAAGCGGUCAAUUCCCAAGGACACAUGGAACCUCCUCCUGGACUUUGGCAAUAUGAUCGCAGACGACAUGUCAAACUAUGACGAGGAAGGCGCAUGGCCUGUCCUCAUAGAUGACUUUGUGGAGUUUGCUCGGCCAAUUGUGACAGGGAGUAAACGCAACAUGACAUAGUGUUAGUCCCAGCUUCAUGCAGCGGAUGGAAUUUGCAUUUCUUCCAGUUUUAUUUUUUCUUUCUCUCUCUCUCUCUUUUUUUUUUUGAAUGAGAAUUUUUAUACAAAUGAGCCAAAAAGAGACUAUUUCUCAAUAAGCCUGUCUGCAGCUUGUCGUUAAGAUUGUUCUUCCAACUGCAUAAGAUGCCUUUGGACGGGGGGAGUGACCUGGAAAACCAGUUCACUGAGGAAAGCAGGAGGGAAAUCAGCAGGAGAGAGAUGAUGGGUUUUUUGUUGUUGCUGUUUGCUGGCAAGGACAGACUUUGUAAUUGCAAUAUGGAAAUAAUGGGUACCCUAAAACUCAAAGUCACUCAUGGGCAAAUCACCAAUGGGUGCGGCUUCGAACUGCUGCUGUGGACUUGGCUCACUAACCUGCACCCUUGGCACAAUGAGGAGGGACAGUGAAGAGUGAGCUUUCAGCACACGCAGAGGAUUAAGUUAUAGAUGCAGUAGGAUGUGGCCUCUUAACCUUUGUCAAUUGUGAAUGGAACGGUGUGUUUAAAAUCUGCAUGUUUUUGUCAGCUAGUGUGAAACAGUGCCAUGAUGGAUGCUGUGGAGGAAACAAAAGUAAUUUACAUUAUUUUCACUGAGAUUGCGAAUGUGUAGCUCUAACAAUCACACUGAGAGUGGAGAAAAUGUGUGCUUGGCUUGUUAUUGUAUGUUUGAAUGAGUGUGUGUAUGUAUUUGGUGAGGGUGAGAGUUAAACAUAUUGCCUCUUUUACAAUACAAUGCUAAAUAUUUUCAUUUUGGUUUUAUUAAUAUAAGAAGUUAUAUGGAGUGACAGUGGAAAAAGGUUCAGAUCCACAUUUUGUAUUCAGACUGGGAAUUGGACAGAGCAGCAUGCUUUUUGAGCUCAGCACCAGCAGAAUCGCUAUUGUUACAGUUGUAAAAUACUGUACUCCUAGAAAUAAGAAUAGAUUCAGUUUUAGAAAGAACAAAAAUGUAUAUCUGAGAAAACAGGUAAUGACAUUUAUAACCAUGAGUAUAACAUAUGAAGCAUUUACAGUAGGAUCCUCUUUUUUUUAAUGCUCUUGCAUUGCAUUUGUUGGUUUUAGUUUCUUUAGUUUUGCAGUGUGUAAACUGCUGUACACAAAGAGAAACUGACUGGCACGUUGACUGUUUUUUAUUAUCCAGAUGACUUGCCAACUCUGCAAACUGCACUGAUUUACACUUUUUUCUGUUGUUGUUUUUUUUUUAAAUAUUAGGCAGCACAGUAUACAACUACAGAGCUACUGAGUUUACGUGACAGUAGGUUUCACUUACACACUAGACCUUUUAAAACGUCUACAGCCCAGCCAAGAGUAAUUUAACGGUUUGUUUACACUGCUUGAAGUUUUUAGUUUGUUGCCUUUCAUUUAUUAGCAGCUGUAGGGCAAUGGUGGCAUGUUGUUUAAUUAAGUACCAUAAAACUACUACAGAGAAAAAAAACAUGUCACUUUAAGAACACUGCUAGACACCGCCAUCUAUGGGUGACUGUGCAGUAUGGUAUUUUUCAGCGUAAUAUAGUCCAGCUAGAUGUGGUCACAGGUACAUGAGAACGCCUGACCAAAUCCAGCUGUGGUGACAGAUGUGAUAAGCAGAUUUGAGUCUCUAAACCCAUAUGUAACUGAUCACACUAAGCAACUCUAAAUGCGUCCCCUUCCUCGGCUGAAGAGUGUGACAGAAGGUAGAGCUCAGGUACCAGUUGGUUGCUUCCUGUACUUGCAUCAGUAUUAGCCAUGCGAUAUGUUCUAAAAAGCAACAAGCUACACUGAUGAUGUUCUGCCAAUUGUUGUUGUCGCCUUGAAAAAUCUUUGCCGUGGGAAUAAUUCACUUUUAUUAGGUAUUAUUAGGUCGACAAACUUUAAGUUCUCAUAUUUAUGUAAACGUAAGUCAGUCAUAAACUAUGGUGUUGUCCAUGAAUGUGGACUCUUAAGGAGUUGAGGCAAAUCAGGAUGGAAGUUGAUUUCUGUCCCAGAUUGAAUGCAGACAAGAGGCAAAGGAAUAGGCUUUGUGACGACUGUAAAACAGUCAGCAUAGGAGCUGGUAAAUGUGUUAUGUUGUUCAUCUUUGUAACUAAACAAGCUAGAUAUGUGUUGGUUCAGUGAAAUAUAUGAACUGUCAGUACUGUUAAAGUUGUGUGCAAACCUAUCAUGGUCAAGACAGACAGAUGGAGUGAAAGCUUUUCCCAGUUGAUUGUUGUUGACUUUACGAUGUCGUCUGUGGGUCAGGAGCAAGAAAAAUAUGACGUUUCAGUAUUUGGUAUGCUAAUAUGGUACAUUUGAGACAUUUUUAUUUGUCAAAUGUGUGGUCAACUGUUUCUAGUCACAGAUCAUUCUUAGAAAAACAGUAUUAUUUUUGCCAGCAAGGAAACAGACUAUUAUGUUUUGUCACUGAAGCAUACCAUACAUUGUUUUCUUUAAGAAAGUUGUCAAUAAAGCAUGUUGUUUUUAA